CUCUAUCAUAAGGCUGGCGCAGGUCAAGUGGGCAAGUGACUUCCUCACUAACUUCCACACAUGUUGAACUGAACUAGACUUAUAGGAGCAAGGCAGCUGGAUUGUCUUCAUGAACCAGGAUUCUUCCGCAGCAGCUUGAUGGGAGCCGAGCGCGUAUAAAAUCCUCCGGCUUCUUGUGAGGGGGGGGGGGGGGUUGAUCGUCGGGAAGGAGGAUUGUACCAAAGAGUGCGACUCGAGGAGCAGCUUAUUCAUGCAAAUUCAUCAAAUCAUAGGCGUGCCUUUGGACGAUGGAGUCACGGCCGGAAAAACAAACCCCCUCCUGGAUGAUCGGUGAGCUUCAGACUGUGAUGCGCUGAGCUCGGACGCACUGACAGCGGCUUCGAGGCGACUAUUUGAAGAGUUAAAAGUUAGGGCUCCUUUGUCUUCCUCCACGCUCCUGCAGACUGGCUGCACUCUGUCCUGCUCUCACCGAACCAACAGCACCAGUGACUGCUGCGCCACUGGAUCUCCAACCGCAGGCGCAUUGUACCAACCGUUUCGCACGGCCACAACAGUCACUAUCCGCCCUGGCUCUUUAAUUAUUUUUUGUUUCUUAUUUUAUUUAUAUUUUUUACUUUUGUUUAUUUUAUGUGUCACUGUCGUUUCGGUUCCCGAGAACACCGAUGCGGAUGAAGUUACGGCCGAGCAACACCAGAGUCUGCGCGUGAAGACGCCACCGUCGAUUCGUUCCCGUUUUGAGGAAAAGGUUUUAUUCUCAUUUUUAUUUGGACUUUUCUCGCUCCGCCAUGUCCGAGGACGACAGUAGCUCCACCGCCAGCUGCAUGUCCGACACCGAAGGGAGCAACGUCAGCGUCCUCAGCUGGGAGCAAGUGCGGCGGCUGGACUCCAUCCUGACUGAGACCAUCCCGAUCCACGGCCGCGGGAACUUCCCCACUCUGGCGAUGCAGCCUGGGCAGAUCGUGAAAGUGGUGCGCAGACGGAUGGAGGAAAAGCACAUCCACGUCCGGGACGUGCGGUUAAACGGCUCCGCGGCCAGUCACGUCCUGCACGAGGACAGCGGACUGGGCUACAAGGACCUCGACCUCAUAUUCUGCGCAGAUAUGAAAGGAGAAAGCGACUUCCAGACCGUGAAGGACAUAGUGUUGGACUGUCUCCUGGACUUUUUGCCAGAUUGUGUGAAUAAAGAGAAAAUAUCGCCGUUAACAUUAAAGGAAGCCUAUGUGCAGAAGAUGGUGAAGGUGUGUAACGACUCAGACCGUUGGAGUCUCAUCUCGCUCUCCAACAACCGGGGGAAGAAUGUGGAGCUGAAGUUUGUGGACUCCCUCCGGCGGCAGUUUGAGUUCAGUGUGGACUCAUUUCAGAUCAAGCUGGACUCUCUGCUGCUGUUCUACGAGUGCUCAGAAAACCCCAUGGCUGAGACCUUCCACCCCACCAUCAUUGGAGAGAGCGUAUAUGGGGACUUUGUCGAGGCCCUUGACCACCUACGUCACAAGGUCAUCUGCACCCGCAACCCGGAGGAGAUCCGAGGCGGGGGUCUGCUGAAGUACUGUCACCUGCUGGUGAGGGACUUUACAGCUGCCUCAGAGUCACAGAUGAAAUCCCUGCAGCGCUACAUGUGCUCACGGUUCUUCAUUGACUUCCCCGACAUUGGUGAACAGCAGCGAAAGCUGGAGUCAUACCUUCAAAACCACUUUGUGGGCCUGGAGGACCGCAAGUACGACUACCUAAUGACCCUGCACGGAGUGGUCAACGAGAGCACGGUGUGUCUGAUGGGACACGAGAGGCGGCAGACUUUAGGGCUGAUAGCCAUGCUGGCGGUGCGAGUGCUUGCCGAGCAGAACGUCAUUCCCAACGUGGCUAAUGUCACAUGUUACUAUCAACCUGCUCCUUAUGUGGCAGAUGGCAACUUCAGUAACUACUACAUAGCACAGGUUCAGCCAGUGUUUGCUUGCCAGCAUCCUGCGUACUCCACCUGGCUUCCCUGUAACUGAGACCGCCCCAAGGGGGAGGAGGAUGGAGGGAGUGUGAUUUGUUUAAACGGCAUCAAGCGGCAGAGUCGCCGCCUCAAACCUGCCCAGUGUUUGACAGCCGACAGAAAAAGGAGUCUUCUUUUUACUGUCAAAGCUUCAAGCUUGUGUCUUUGUUUAUAAGCUGAGGAUGAAUGCUGGAUCAAAUCCAGUUGGCUUUCAAUUCCAAUACUAUUCCGAUGAGAACAUCUCCUCAACGUCUCCUGAUCCUGCACAGGCCAACUAUAGGUUUGGGGAAAGCUUCAUUUGGGUAGAGCUUGGAGGUAAAGGCCGAAUGCACAUAUGUGACAGUCUCUUAAACGCGAGUCACCAAGACUGAUCGAAUCUGUCAAGAAUGGAUUAGACAGCACAUUCCAGCAUCAGGGCAAACGGCCACAGCCGUGUCCUGAAUUUGACAGCUACUGCAGCCCAGCAUUCAGGGGUUUGUUUAUCAGUCCCAAACACACACACACACACACACACACACACACACAUACAAACACAUACGAUCCCACAAACACCUACACACAAACACAAUCACUGGGUGCAAUCACAGGCAUGUGGAGGGCUCCAGCCCAACACCCAGUAUACUCUAGAGAUGAACUGGGAUGCUGUUAAAUUGGUUUGGAUAACAAACCGGCUACUCCACCUUGCAUUUGGAUAUAAUUAUGGUUGUUUACAGACCAAAGAUCUUUCUUUUUGAUUGUCUCUAACAUUAAAACCCGAUUUUGAUGGGUUAAAAAAUAAAAGAUAAAAAAAAAUCUAUGUCUAUUUGUAUAUGUGAAUAUAUAUUUGUGUGUUUAUAAGUGCCUAUCUGCCAUAUGACUUUUGUGAAUUAGCCCCACUCUAUUUCAAAGUCAGGCACACAGAGACAACAGCAGCUCAGAGGCUUGUGAAUGUAUACGUGAGAUCAUGUUUGUGUACGUUUCGAUGCAGAUAAGCAGCCAUGCAUCAGCCUGGUCUAAUGGUUCAUUAAAAGAUUCACA